AUGCCAUCCCACCCUGUGCCCAACUCCCGUCCUCGCAGGAAAAAUAUCAUAUUCAUCCAUCCGGACCUUGGCAUUGGAGGUGCCGAACGGUUGAUCCUCGAUGCAGCCCUGGCCCUUCAGUCCCGCGGCCACCGCGUCACCAUCUACACUUCGCACCGGGACCCGAGCCAUUGCUUCGAGGAAGCUCGAGAUGGGACGCUGAACGUCAGGGUUCGAGGAAACACCUUGUUCCCGGCGCAUGUUGGUGGGAGACUUCACGUGCUUAUGGCGGUGUUGAGGCAGUUGCAUCUGGUGACGGGGCUGGUUUGGGAGAGGAGAAAGGCCACGAUUCGGUUGGACAAGGAAGAAGAAGAAGAUGCGGAAGAUGAUGUCUUUAUCGUUGACCAGGUUCCCGCUUGUGUUCCUGUGUUGAGACUUUUCGGAACCCAGAUACUACGCGGCUGGAGGCGGAAAGGACGAGAACGGAUCUUGUUUUACUGUCAUUUUCCGGAUCAAUUGCUUGCGAGGCGGGAUGAAGGCCAUCUUCUUGUUCAAUUGGCGAAGGGUCUCUAUCGGCGCCCAUUCGAUUGGUUCGAGGGCUGGGCAAUGAGCGCUGCGGAUAAAGUGGUAGCAAAUUCAAGGUUUACGUGUGAAGUUGUCAAAGAGGUCUUUGGGAACAGUCUCGGCGGCAUCAGGGUGCUGUAUCCUUGCGUCGACACCUCUAGCAAAGCACUUCAGAGCGAUGGGCAGAUAUCUCGGGGAGAUGGAUCAUUGUGGGGAGGAAUGAAAAUUUUACUGAGCAUCAAUCGUUUUGAAAGGAAGAAGAAUAUUGGGCUGGCUAUUCGAGCAUAUCAUGGCCUAAAGCCGCAGCAAAGAAAGGGGACUCGGCUGGUGAUUGCGGGUGGAUAUGACAAUCGCGUGCAAGAAAACGUCCAAUACCACAAAGAACUCGAUUCUCUAGCCACGAAUCUCGGCCUUCAAACAGCUACGUCGAAAACGGUCAUAUCGGCACUUUCAAUACCGGAAUCCGUGGAUGUUCUUUUCCUUCUCUCGGUUCCAACAGCGUUCAAGCAAACCCUCCUUUCCUCGUCGACACUGUUGCUUUACACCCCGUCACAUGAACAUUUCGGCAUCGUCCCGGUCGAAGCUAUGCACGCCGGCCUUCCGGUCCUUGCUGUAAACACAGGUGGCCCACUAGAAACGAUUGUUAAUGGAAAAACUGGAUGGUUAAGGGAUGCGGACUCUGUUGCGGAGUGGACGGGCGUGAUUGCACAGGUCUUGUCAGAUAUGGACGCUACCCAACUUGAAAGUAUGGGCAAACUCGGCCGGGAGCGGGUAGAACAGUAUUUCUCUCUCAACGCGAUGGGGGACAGCUUGGAGGAGGUGAUUGACGAAAUGGUUGGGUCAUUGAGGCCCACGUUCAUAAGAGCUCAGCAGAUUAUCAUUUGGCUUGCUGUCACAGGAUUGCUUGUAUCCAUGCUCGUCGGGGCUGGUUUGAAAUUCCGGCCCAAGUGA